CAGAAGAAAGAUAUGUAUCGUCUGGAGUUGGCUGGUGGUCUCGGGGUCAUAUUGUUGCUACUGGGAGUCCUCACAGCACUGUAUAAGUGUUAUAACCUGGAGAUCAUGCUCUGCUACAGGAGACACUUUGGAAGUGAUGAAACGGAAGAUGAUAAUAAGGAGUAUGAUGGCUAUCUGUCCUACACUAAAGUGGACCUUGACUGUUUGGGCAGGACGAGCAGCGAUGAGGAAACAUUUGCUUUGGAGAUCCUGCCGGAUGUUUUAGAGAAACAUUGUGGAUACAAGCUGUUUAUACCAGACAGAGAUCUAAUACCCAGCAGUACCUACAUCGAGGACUUGGCUCGUAGCGUGGAGCAGAGCAGACGCUUGAUCAUCGUUCUGACUCCAGAGUUUGUCGCCAAAAGAGGGUGGAGCAUCUUCCAGAUAGAGACACGCCUCCACUCCAUGCUGGUUACCGGGGAGAUCAAGGUGAUCAUGAUAGAGUGUGCAGACCUGAAGAAUGUCAUUAACUAUCAAGAGGUGGAAGCACUUAAACACACCAUCAAGGCUUUAUCCAUCAUCAAGUGGAGGGGUCCUAAGAGCAACGAGCUGUCCUCUAAGUUUUGGAAACAGGUGGUCUACGAGAUGCCUGCGAAGCGCAGAGAGACGCUGUCCAGACGCCAGGUGAUGGACUCUGGUGAACAGGGCCUCUUUGGUGACCUACAGACCACCGUCUCCACCAUUGCCAUGACAACCACCUCCGCCUCCUUAGCGCCCCCUAACGAUAGUCGCCAUGGACAUCAUCAGGUUGCCUUGGCGACAGAGAUCCCCGACUACAACCAGAUGACAUUGCCGCUGGGAGGUGGUCACACGGCCACGGCAGCCCAAAUGAGGCAUUUCUGCCGCAGCUACGAGUUCACUCUUCCCCCCCAGCCUUCCUCCAUGUCGCCUCCCCUCCCGCCUCCCUCCACCGUGCAGUUCUCCACUCUGGGUCCCGGGGGGCGCCACGUCUACUGCAACAUCCCUAUGACACUGCUGAAUGGACAGGGGUUAGGAGCAGUUCACUGGGGAACAAGAGGUGACCCAGAGCAGUACGCUUGGGAAGAAGCAAGAACUCCACCUGAACAGCACCUUCGUACCGCUCACCAGCAGAGAACUAAGCUCUGACAUCUGGUAGAGGGACUGCUCAGCUGGUUCUGCAUCACAGACCAGGUUUACAGACUGCUUUCACACUGGCUUUGGAAAGGAGGUUGACUGGUUGGUCGACUGGUUUUCAUUGGAUUUCUGGACUGUGUACAGUCUUGGUUUUCUAGAGCGACUACUUGUGGACUGCCUGCACACUAGUUUUAGGCCGCUUCAUCCCACCUUGUGAACAAAGGACUGCUUAAAGACUUAAGCCUUGGAUUCACAACUGUUAUACUGAUAUACUGGCUGCAGACUGCUAACAGAAAGACUCAGAUCCUAAAAACUGAUUCUACUCUGGUCUUGGACACAUCAACUGGUAUGUAAGCUGUGUUGGCCUGACCACUGGAAAGGAGCGUUCUUACACAACAUGACUGCUACACAAUUAUACACAUUUGACUGGUGCAGAUAGUUUGUAUUGACAUGUGGAUGUAAUGAACUGGAAAAGUCAAUUACAAGAUCCAGGAUGCUUAAGCAAUGAGUAGGUAUCCCCGAACAGGAGUGCUCCGUUUGUCCAAUAAGCUACCAAGUUGGACCUUGGAGCACAAAAAAAAG